UGUAGUGUCAAAUUGGCAGUUGUAGUUUGUAGUUUGUAGGUAUUCAGUCUAAUUUUUUAAGGGUUUUUCCUAUGGCUUCCGAUAGCUGUUUAAAUUUUUGCGUUCCUUCUGAAAACUCCCGUCUGGUUUUCGCCAAACCGACCAACCAGUAUUCAGACAAAGUAUUAGUAGGUUCCUGGUUCGACGAGCGUCGUUGUCGGGAAGCAAUCCCUCGAGACAACGAAAUAAAAACAACAACAUACUCAGAUGACUUCGGUGCCAAACCUUACGCAGUAGUCAGUCCUAACGCAGCGUGGGACCUACGAAUAAAAACACAAGAUUCAACCUUUGUGAGGCAGGGGGUGUCACGUAUAAAAUAUCCCAGUGAUUCUGAAAAUUAUGCAAGUACGUACGAUGUAGCCUUUAAUUAUAACCCGAAAUACACGAAUUAUUAUGUGGACUACAAACUGGAUGUACGCCACCCAAAAAUUGAUCAAGCUGAGAUUUUGAAGAACCUGACUAGGAAAUGUUUACACGACUAUAAGAAAGAAGUGUGGAAAUUUGACAAUUAUAUCGCCAAAUAUCCUCCGAGUAAAUAUAAAGAGGAUUAUGUGCCUCCACCCGAACGCUUUUACAAGUUUAAACGAAAUGGAAUACCGCUGGAUAAUUCGUCGAAAGUAGGGGACCUUAACCAAAUGCUUGCUAGUCUCAAGCUACGAAAUACUCCCUUUCAAAAUCUGUCACAAAAACGCUUGGUCACCGUACCCCAAGCCGGUCGGUUUAACCCCAUUACGUGGGACUUUAUUCCAGGGGUGAAAAAAACUGCUUGAAGAAUGAGAUUUAACUUCACAUGAAAUAUUGGAUACAUUUAUUCACUCGCAGUUCUAGGGGUAACUGGAAAUUACAAAAUUCACGAAGAAGUAAACAAAUUAAUGUGUUGAUCGUGAUCUUCGUGAAAUGAACCGUUUUUGUUUUGU